CAACUCUUCUGCUUCAUUUACAACCUUUUGACUUGUGUUUGUGUAGUUUAAUGAAGCCACUGUUGGUUGAUAUUUGAACUACUGUUUUCAUGUUAACUGCUGAAGACAAAACCACACAACCACCAUACUCACCUCCACAGAGGAAAGAGGAGGGUUUAACUGCUGCGACUGAACAAUGAGUUGAUGUCACAUCACUAUGAGGUACAAUGGAGGAAACAUCUCUUCAGCAGCUGCUCUUGCUGACCUCACUGCUGUGCUGCACAACAAACCAAGCCUCUCUGACUGUGAGUCCCAGCAGCUCUCAGAUGUUUAAAGGAGAUUCUGUCUCUCUGAGCUGUGAGGAGGAUGACAGCUCUGCUGGAUGGACGCUGAGGAGGAACACAAGCAGACAAACCAGAGCUGAGUGUGACAAAUGGGGAAAAACAGGUGGUUCCUCCUGUAACAGCAACUACAUCCUCCCAAUAGACAGUGGAGUUUACUGGUGUGAGUCCAGAGAGGGAGCAACCAGUAACAGCAUCAACAUCACUGUCACUGAUGGAUCAGUGAUCCUGCAGAGUCCUGUCCUCCCUGUGAUGGAGGGAGAUGAUGUCACUCUGCACUGUAAAACAAAGACCACCAACCUCCCAGCUGAUUUCUAUAAAGAUGGCUCCCUCAUCGGAACUGAGCCUGCAGGUCACAUGACCAUCCACCAUGUUUCCAAGUCUGAUGAAGGCCUCUACAAGUGUAACAGCAGUCAUGGAGAGUCUCCACCCAGCUGGAUCACUGUCACAGAUAAACCUACAACCACAACCCCGCCCCCUACAUCUAUAGCCCCCCCCACUGUCUAUUUAGCCCCGCCCCCUGCCUCAGCUCCCCUCCAGGUUGUGUUCAGACUGGUCUGCCACCUAGUGGUGUUCUGUCCGUACUUCAUCUCCACUCUCAUCAUGGUGUCUUUAUAUCGACACAGGUCCACAGGAAAUGACCUGGCCGUCUCCAUGGUGAUGACCCCGCCCACCCAGGCUGAGCAAGGACUGGAUGAUGACUAUGAUGACAUCAUCAUAUCUGUCACCACAGAGCAUCACUUCUGAACUGAACAGAUGUGACUGAUGAAAUGUUCCCGUCAGAAAUCUUUAUGCUUCUUUCUUCCAACAACAAUAAACCAGUUUUGUGUUUUUAAUAAUGUUAAAUAAUGAAUCAAAUCACCAAAGAUGUCAAUAAA